AUGAAAGAGGCCGAAGCAGCCGAAGCAACGCGCCGGAAAAAAAUUAUUGUUGCGAUUGCUGUAGCGGCUGGACAAAAUCUAUUAAAAUCAAAUGUUGAACAUCUAUUGACUCAAGACAGUAGUGAUGAAGAACUUGAUCAUUGGAGUCAGAUAACAAAGGCUUUGGAAACUGGGAUACGUGUGAGGGGUGAACCAAACAAAGUCACGAGGAUUAGUGGAUAUGUUUCUACAAUAGUCCGUGAUUAUUCAAGUCAACAGUUCAAAGAGCAUUUUCGAUUGUCCAGAACGACGUUCGAGAAUCUAGAGAGAAUAUUAACACCACAAUUAAUGAGGACGGCUGAAAGUGGACGAUUUACUACGGACGUGCGGAUCCAGUUACUCGCAGUCCUUUGGCUGCUAGCUACACCAGAUUCAUUCAGAUCUGUUUCGGACCGGUUUGGCAUCAGCAAAUCAGUUUUACAUGCUUCCAUGAGAAGGGUCGUAACAGCUUUAAACGAGUUAGCUGAUAGAUUCAUUAAAUGGCCUGUUGAUAACGAAUUAAUCGAAGUUGAGCGUCGCUUCUUGGAUGCUGGCCCAUUUCAAGGAGUAAUUGGCGCAAUCGAUGGGAGUCAUAUUCCAAUCCCUGCACCAAAAGUUGAUUCAAUCUUCUACAGAACGAGGAAAAAGGAAUAUGCGCUCACUCUGCAAGCUGUGUGCGUUGCAAAUCUGGUAUUUACAGAUUGUUUUGUUGGGUUUGCUGGAUCUGUCCAUGAUGCAAGAAUUUUUCGAAAUUCUGAUCUUUGGCACAGAGUGACAACAAAUCACGAUGCAUUCUUUCCUGGGAAUCAGUUUAUCAUAGGGGAUAAAGCUUAUCCAGUGACGCAAUGGUGCAUGGCACCCUAUACUAACCGAGGCAAUUUGACAGAGGCGCAGAAAAAUUUCAAUAAUCAUUUGUCGAAAAUGAGGCAAGUCAUCGAAAGAGCUUUCGCUCUCUUAAAAGGAAGAUUUCGACGAUUAAAAUAUCUUCAUAUGAGCUGUGCAGAUCUCAUACCUCAUGUUAUCCUAGCAUGUUGCGUAUUACAUAACAUCUGUCUUGUCAGUUGUGAUGAUGAUAUCAACGAUUUCUUACUUGAAGGUAUAGAACAGCGUGAUGAAAAUCAUAACGAUCGGAAUGAAAUGGAUUUCAACCGGGUACCUGACGAUGAAACGGGAUUGGCUCGCCGAAAUUAUUUAGCAGCUCAAGUGGCACACAUUGCACCAUGA